AUGAAGGCUUUUCAGGCCACCGAGCAGAGCUUUGUGGAUGCCGCCACAAACCUUAGAGUCUUUGGUUCAUGCUACUUGGAGAGUAACAAGGCAUUGAACAACACCUGUGGCGGGAUACAGGCACGUCUCAUGCCGUUCUUUACCGGAAACUAUCCGGUGUUUACUCGGUGGGACGGAGCCGUGGUUUCAGAUGAGGAGGCACAUCAACGAAAGGAGUUUGGCAUAAACGAUAGGUGUUUCACAUUGAACUAUCUUCAGGGGUUGAACGGAAGGGGUAUCGUUGUUUCGGCGGGUGACGGCCAGGUCGAAGAUACAGUGAACUUGAUCAGAGUGCUUAGAGGUCUUGACAACAAACUCCCAAUUCAGGUCUUCCACAAAGGCGACUUGGGUGAUGAUUCCAUGGCCCAGAUACUUAACCAGGAUAUUAAAAAGGCCCUGGUUGGCCAAUCUGAGUACAAAUUUACAUUUCCCCAACAGAAUGUGUGGUUUGUGGACGUCAGAGGCUGUAUCAAGGAGGAAUACAUGAAAUUCUUUAAUAGGUUUUCCAACAAGUUUUUCCCAUACAUGUUUGGAUCGUUUGACGAAACGAUUUUGAUGGACACGGACGCGGUCCCACUUGUGAAACCC